UUUAUGACCAACAGUUUUAUUCUGAACAGAAAGAGAGCAAGAGAUACAGAGACACAGGAGCGCGCCAACCGACCGCUUCUUCCUCUCCACCUGGCUGCCUCUAAGCGGGCAUGCGUAGAGCGGGUGGGGGGGGCAAUGAAGCGCCUUCGUCAGCCAGGCGUCCUCCUGCUGCUCCUCCUCACGCCGGGACUAAGAUGGCGGCGGAGGCCGGGCGGCGGUGGCUGUGGCUGGCGCUGCUGUGCGGCCUGGCGGUCGCCCUCGAGGCCGAGGAGCAGGACAGCGCCGCCCCCAAGGCCCGGAAGAAAAAAGACAUUCGGGAUUACAACGACGCCGACAUGGCGCGGCUGCUGGAGCAGUGGGAGAAAGAUGACGAUAUUGAAGAAGGUGAUCUUCCCGAGCACAAGCGUCCCUCUGCACCCAUAGAUUUCUCAAAGAUUGAUCCCAGCAAGCCUGAGAGUGUCUUGAAGAUGACCAAGAAAGGAAAGACUCUGAUGAUGUUUGUCACUGUGUCAGGAGAUCCCACUGAGAAAGAAACAGAGCAGAUCACUAAUUUGUGGCAGGGCAGCCUUUUCAAUGCCAACUACGAUGUACAAAGGUUUAUUGUUGGUUCAAACCGUGCCAUCUUUAUGCUGCGUGAUGGAAGUUACGCAUGGGAGAUCAAAGACUUCCUGAUCAAUCAAGAGAGGUGUGCAGAUGUAACUCUGGAGGGUCAGGUAUAUCCUGGCAAAGGAGCCCCGGAAAAUGAAAAACAGAAAAAUAAGACCAAACCUGAAAAAUCCAAAAAGAAAAAAGAUACAGAGAAGAAAUCUGGAUCCCUGAAAGACAGCAACCGGGCGAGCAAACCAAAAGAAGAUCUAUGAUAAUAAGUUAAAAAGACUGAGCACCAUAUUCGGGGGUGGGGGGGGGCGCAGAGGAAAGAAGGAAGUGAGGCUGUGGAAUAGCCUGUUGGAUUUCAAGGGGUCAGUUUACUUAUUCAUGAGGACUAAUGUCCACAGAUUGCUGGUGUUAAUUUCUGACUGGAUUUGAUGCCCAGAGGCACUUGAGCGUUUAACUUACUAUUAUGAACAUUACUCAAAGGAUGAGAGGGAGGUGUAAAGACCAUUAACUUUUUAUAGUUUUGCUACCAGCUAUUUAGGAUGAGCCAGCAAUGUGAAUGGAAUAUAGUGAAUGAAUAAGCAGAAGAUGAUCAAGAUUUUUUUAUAAACGUCUGUACUUCCAGGAUUUUCAUUUAAUUAAAAUAAAUUUGCCUUGAAACUCCUGCUGAUGUGGCCAGGCUAGGUUGUCAGAAGCCCAGUUUUGGAGACAAAAAACGGAAAGAUAUGUAAUCUGAUUUUUCUUUUUAAAAUGUUAAUGGUUAGAUACUGCCCCACUAAAGUGGAGAUCCCUCCUUCAACUGGAGUUAUUGUUUCUCUACUGUAAGGGCGCAGUUCAGCUGCUCUGACAUAAUCUAUUGAAAUAGGCUGAAAAGGAAAGCAGGAAAAAAAGUGGAUGGCCACUAGCCUAAAAAUCAAUUGCCCAGCAGGCUUAGAGUGUUUCAGAAUUGCUGUGUGAAGGCGGAGGUGAGCAUGGAGGAAGUUGCUUGUACGAGAGCAUGUUUUGCUUUCCUCCUGAAUGUUAACUGAGAAAAUCACAGCUCUUGGUUAAAAGCUGGUGGUGGCAGGAUUGCUAUUCCAUGGUGCCAAAAUCUGCCAUAUAUAGUUGGAGUGCCUUCAUUUGAGGCAUUUGUGUGUGUGUGUGUGUUAUGUGCUGACAUUUGGCUUUCACUUCAAAUGCUUGUUCCAGAAUGUUAAUAAAUUUGUACACUUUUUUCAGAACAAA